UAGCCGUCUAGCCACGGCUAGUCCCUAGUCACCCAGCCAUCCGUGCACCCAGCUAACCCAGCCCUGGGAGGAGGUGGUAUGACGUGCUGGGCCUUGUGGCGUGCCUUGAAAUUUGAUCAUUUAUCUUGGGACUAAAUCUUCCCUUGUGAAGUAACCUCAUCGAACUGCGUCAUCCAACGGCGCUUGAUACGACUUGGUGCGGUGGACUGGAGCGUGCAAGAUGGGCGACUAGCAUGCUUUUACAGGUGUGUGGAUGAAGUUAUCGGAAUCUGCCACUCAUUUGUGUCCAGUGCCAGCAUUGACUUCCAUUGCACCAUUGCACAGCACAUUUCUGCAUUGUGAAGCUUGUGAGUUGUGAUCGAAUACCACCGAGGCACUUGCAUUGUUCACAAGACAGCCCAGUCGCAAGACAACGACCAAAGCAACCUAUGUUUUCUUCUAUGCUAGAUUGUUUAAUGGGCUUCUUUAUUCUUUUUUUUUUCUUUCCUGUUAUGUAGUCAUCCACCACUGCAUUAGCGAAUCCUAGUAUGUUUCAUAUGAGUGGUGCCGUUGCUUCAAAUGAUGCCAGCUUUUCCCUUACUGCUGCGGGAACUCUGAACAGUCAAGAACUUGUGAGGCAGUAUAGUAGUUUCAGUUCUACUUACCUUGUUGUGGUAAACACAAUAAGCCCGUCACUCGUGUCAUAUCAAGAACAUUGUGAUGAUACAGUCUCUUUUGAGGUGAUUCCCACACUUUUGCCAUCACCAUUAUCACCAGUUACACCCCUGCACUUGGUUUCCAGCACCGCUUGCCCGGUGGCAAACCUUGUAAGACCACCGUUUUUGCAAACAGCUCUACCACAACUUGCAGCUGCAAAUGUAGAAUCGCAUCCGUCCCUAAGCCCAAUUUCAGAGAUGCUGCCAUCGUUUCCAUCAUCCCAACCUUCGUCAUGUACUAACUUUGUUUCAGAUACCCCAUUGCUUAAUCAGAUAUCAAAGGUAGGCCGACUCACUUCUCGUUCCCGGCCAAGAGCCUUCCGUCGCUUGUUGCCAAAGGUAACCAAAGAGUCAGUCAAACCAUCUGUUUCUACUGAAAAUGCAUACAGCUACAAGGGUCUCAAAGCCAGUGGAAUGAAUUCUAACAGCAACUCUUCAACAAUGUGCGAAGCAUCAUCUUUCAGUCAUCUUGGAGGGCCUGCAACAUACUGCCAGACUUCUAGCUCAACAUGCAUUGCUGCAAGUGCUUCAGUAAAGGUGCCUGCAAGUGUGACUGUAGCAUCAGGGGCUGACAUAAAGGUGACAAGUAAUAUGAUGCUGCCAACAAAAGCUAAAGAAACAUCUCCAUCAUUGGUGGAAAAAGAGAAUGAAGAUGUAGUGUGCAAUGCGGAAAAGCAUGUAAUGCAUAUGCAGCCCAGUACAGUGCAAACAAAGGCUUCUAAGCAGAACACAAACUCCCAAUGUUCUGACAGUUACAGUGUACCAAAACCUAAUGGGUCCCCUGUUCACUGCACUAUCAAUAACUCGGACGAAUUUCAUGUAAUAGAACCUUGCUCUUCUACUGGCACCCAGGACUCUACAGGUGUUUUUGUGGAUGGAGAGAAUGAAUCUCUUAGCAAUUACAGUCUGUCAGGAAAAGAAGGAAGGUCACUGUGUAUUGAUGACUCUGUCAACUUGGAGCAAGACUUUCUUAAAAAACAUAAUCCUACACGAGUUGCCAUAGAACAGAACUUGCCUGCUCUUGACCGUUGCUGCAUAUCCAAGAAAAGUGAUAGGUCCCUUCAUGUCGACAGUGCCACCGACCACUCAGGGCACCAGUCUGUUAAAACAGUUCUAGAUGGUUGUGAGGGAUGUACCACCCUUAAUUCAGGUGAACCAAUCAAGAACUUCCAUGCUUUUGGCACUUACUGCUCAUCAGAAAAAAAUGAGACGCAUCAUCUUCAUGGUGCUGUCAAUGACUCAAAGUGCCAUUUAGAUGAAACAGUGCUGGAUGCUUGUAUUACGAUGCAUAUUUCUGCAGGGAUGACUGUAGGUAAUGAAAACUCACAAGAUCAUCGCAGCUGCUCUGCCUUGCAGAAAAAUAGCUUGUCGCAAGUUAUAGACCGCACUGUCACCAGCUCAAGUAGUCGAUCCCAUGGACGAAGACCUGACACUCAUAUUAAUUCUCAUAAUGCUGAAAGCAUUUCUGUGGACAGAAAUGUCUCGGUACAGGAAAAAGAAGUUUGUCAUCUUGUUUGGCAAGAGACUGACAUUGAUUCUGAGGAAGUUUUCUCCUUCAGUGAUAUUGGUUGUGAGCGAGAGAAGGCUGAAGUGCAGGGGGAAGCAAACAGUUGCAGUGAUAAUUUAAAGUUUGUUGACAGCAACAGGCAACCUGAAAGUAAAGGAGCAAAAUCGUCAUUUGUUCGCAGAAAACAACCAGUACGGGCUUGCAAAUGCCUACAUUCAUCUGCUGGCAAUAAAACUGCUGUAUUGGAGCAAGAACCUCAAAAGGAAAAGAAACUAGAGAAAAUGCACCUGAUCAUCUCGGUGCCAAACUGCAUUGGCCGUGCAUGUGUUGUUGUCAUGGGUAGACUAAAUGAAAAGAUGAUAAAACCUGGUCAUGUUAAUUUGACUACUGUGAAGGAUGAAAAUCUUUUCAUGAAAAGUAGAUCACUUGAAGUAAAAUUGUUCCCAGGAAAAAUUAUUUCAGUUGCCAGAUAUGCAAAGUUACAAGAUGUCUGUGAUCAACCAUCAAAAGAGGAGUCUGCUGAACAAACACAGGGUGAUAAUUUGUCAAAACUACUGGAGGAACGGCGUGCCUACAUAAGCCAGCUGCAUUCAGUUUUUCAGACUACUGAUCACAGCUCAAUAUGAUGCGGUAGUAUUCAGUGCCAUAGACUGUUUUCUCCAUUCUCCUUCAUUAAAUUUCUUUAUUAGCCAUUUGUCAUGUUCUAUAGUAUUCUAGAGGAGCAUUAGUGUCUUCUGUCAAGAAACUAUUGUUGGUAACUUGCAGUGUUACAACCAAACUGAUCAUAGCAUGCAACUUUUAAAGGGACACUAAAGCGAAACAAUAAAUCAGUUUAGACUAAUAAAGCAUUGUUGGAGAACCCUGCAGGCAGUCAUUUUAAAAUAGUAGUUUGAUUAUUAGAUGAGAAAAUGAAGGUCGAAGUAUCAGUAUUUGAAUUUCGCGCCGAAACUCUGACGCCGCUACGUCAGUGUGACGUCGGGGAUUCCAAAGUAUGUUUUCGCAUUUGGGCCGCGUUGGCUGAGUAAAGGUUCCCAGAACUUGCUAUGUUUAAUAUUUGGUUCCUUUAGAAUACAAUGUAGUCCAUCUGUACCGCUAUGUAAAGAAGUAGGCCCUAGAAGAUGCCAUCAAAAUCCAUGAUGUCACAGCGACCAGGUGUGGGAACUUCAAGGAAGCGUCGCCACCCGUCUUUCGUUCUUUCGCUUUUUCUUGCUUGCUAGGCUUCUUAUUGUGGUAAGAGUGGUGUUUUUAGUGUCGUAGAAAGGUGAUUUACUGAUGCACAAGAAAUCAUUUUUCUCUUUAGUGUCCCUUUAAUUUUAACUAGGCAUGUUCCAAUUGAGUACAGCUGCUUUAAAUGAAUAGUUAGUUCCUUGCUGUCAUUAUGUGUAAACCACCAAACCUCACAAUUGUCAUUUUUACACAGCCCGUGUUUGUCAUGUCAUUGUACAAUUUAAAAAGAAUGUAUAUUAUUUUUAAAAGAACAUGAGCUGUGAUAUCACCACUUCUUUCUUUACAAACACAGAAGUGCAGGGAUGAUGCUAAACCAUGCGUGUAGUUUGAUCUUCUCCCAUUCUCGUAUGUUGUUGAAAUAAAUCUGUUGAUGGCACUGCAAAAAGCUUGACUUUGCAUAAAGAUUUACAUGUUUUAAUUUUGCGUGCAGCUUUAGGACACUUUCAAUUAGAAUGUUGAGCCAUGUAUAUGACAAAUUUGCAUGUGUACCCUUCUUCGUCUAACAGUGUAAUAUGAAGGCUAAUGCAUUGCUUUUUGUGUUUUACUUGUGCAUCAUGCACACUGUGUUAUGUCACUUAGAAGGGCCCUCCAACACUUUUAAUGUCAUUGAAUUUUAACAUCACACAAUGACAAAUGGAAAUUAAUUGUGGGAAUCAGCCCAUGUGACCAUUAUUCAACCAAAAAAUUUCAAAAUGCAAAGGGAAAGUUGCUGUCGGGUCAUGGACCAGCAGCUUCCAUUGCCUUUUUCACUCUCCCACUGAAACAAGCUGUCGUAGCCGAUACCCAAGUGCCCAACACAUGCACACACACAACAUUUACAUACAAUUGUUGCUUGUUCACUGCCACCUACUUAAAGCAAAGCUUUCUUUGCCUCACUGCCGGAGUUUGGCAAUCAUCAUCAUUUCCUAGCCUGAUAUAUUUCUAGAUAUAUGUAUAGACGACUUGGGCCACUGGGUAUAUGCUCGCUGCUGUCUUGUCAAGCAAACAAUUUGGUUUACUGGGCAUAUACAAUGACACUGGUUAGUAGUAAUUGUUAGCAUUUAUUGAACCAGAAAAGAGAACAAGCAUUGUAGCUGGUCGAGCUUCUUUUCUUGCUGCUGGAUAAGCUCCUUAGUCCAGAAGCUCUGCAACCAUAACUGCCUUCUGUGUAUGUGCCCAUUCUUGGCCAAUCAUCCAGGAUAAAUGUGCUACUGUGACACAAAGGGUAUGAAGCCCUGAGUGUAUUUAGGUAUGCGUCUCAUUUCUUUGUGCAUACGCCUUUCAAUUCUUCCCUCAACAAGCAUCGUACAUUGCCUUCAUCCUAGUGACAAACAUUUAACAGCUAAAGGUGACAAGGCUGUGCUUGUGUCGUCCACUACUGCUGCUACCUCGCUAACCAAAAAAAGGCUUCACGUCAUUUAGAUUCCAACAUUGUGUUACAUAUGCGCGUUUUUUACACAUUGGCUUGGCAGCACUCUCGUCACACUGUCACAAUAGCCAUGUAGAUUAAGCUCAAAGAAUGUUUAAAUUCUGAAUUGCAGUGGCUGCUUUUGACAAUGGAAAAUGAGCACCAAGUGAAUGCUGAAUGCUUACAGAACAGAGACAGUGUCAGUGCUCUGAAAGUGUUAAAGUAUUGGCUAAAGGCAUUGGUGGAUGCUACCACAUGUGAUAGACACAUAUGGACAUACAAGAAUUUUAGAAGCCGUAAUUCACAAAAUGAUUAAUCAUGGUGCCACGCUCUCAGUGAAACCAUUAAUUGCAGGUGCAGUGCUUGACGGCACUGUAUGGUGAUGCUAGUACGAUUUCCUUGAUUACAUGGGCAGGUCAUAAUAAAUACUUUGAUAUUCGUGCUGCAAUAAGUGCAGAAAUCAUCUUAUCCCACCAAAUACUCAACCAACAAAAGAAAGCCGGUAACUUAGUGUUGGAGAGCACCUUAAAGACCUUUAAAAGCAAGUAACAUCAUACUUGUUCAUGUUUUCCUCUGCUAUUCUAACCUGACUUGUUUUGCAAAAAUAAUGUUUAAGCUUUACUUGCUGAUAAACUGCAUAGAGAGCAUUAACGCUGAUCAAAAAAAAAGUGCAGAACACAAGCAGGGAAGUACAAGCACACGGUUAUUUCAUUUUCAUAUGCUACAAUUAUUUUGUGUUUAAUGCAACUACGGUACAACCAAGAUCUGCUGUUAGCAAGCUCCUGUAUGCACACUGUGUAAUUUAAUUGUUCUGUUAUUUGUGCUGUGUCUAAUGUGUGCUGGCUCACUGUGAUUAACUUGUCAAUAAAGGCCAACUGCAAUGACAUUCUACCUUAACUAAUUCGAUUAUAAACGAGUAGUACAUAUUGAAGCAGUCUUAAAAAGCAAUUAGCAGAUCAUGUGCACACCUGGUGGUUAGAGGACAUAUGAUGUCAGUCCCAACAUGUUGCCUUGGUGAUUUUUCUGUGAGCAGUAACAGUGGCGUUUUUCAGUUUUGGUGUCAAAAAGGUCUAUCUUUGCUAGAUUUUCAUGACUCAUCCACAGUAUUUCGCAUGCAAAAUUUUGCACAGAGGCUGCUUAUGUCUGCGCACUCCGAGACUAGGCUUUUUCACUGUCGAAGGUUUUGUUGCAGUUUGCCUUUAAGUAGACAACUUCAUUACAAUGUGGAAGGAAAUCUGCUAGUCUGUGCAUACUGUUUUAACCAGCUGCCAUACACACAGCACAACACCCAACAUGCUUGUACUGUUUACUGCAACAUUUCCUAUUUUUUCAAGGUUGUGAAUGCCUCUUCUUUUAUGCUGUUUUACUAAAUAGUGUGAUAGUACAAAGUGGUUUGUACAAAUUCCUUUAAUAGCUGUGAUGUGGAAGUUGUAUUGAAAUUUCAUGCGCUGUUUUGAACUGUUGUUAUUGUUGCUGUUACUGAGAGAUUUAUACCUGUAAUAUAUGCUGCUCCCAUUCUUGUUGAAGCCUUCUCACUGGGAUGCACUUAAAGUUGGUGUCCAUGUGAAUGUAGCACAAAGCUGCAAAGCUACAUGUAGCUACUUGCACUCUUGUGAAUAUAGUUUGAAGCUGUUGUUCCA